ACCGCACUCCUCCAGCGCGGGUUCUGUCGGAAUGUUGCGCGUCGCUCCUAACCUCGAAACCCACGUGCUCGCCACGAGAUCGCUACCUCUUUCCCGGAGUCAUCGUCGCGGGUACCAGGAUCCGGUCUCUCCAUUUUGAAAUGUUCCUUGUCAUUCGUUAAAGAGACUAUCAGAACAAAUAAAUAUUUUUCAUUGUAAAAAUUAAAGGACCCCCUAAAUCCUGUGUUGUGGUGAAGAAAAACUUCCAUCUCAGCGGUCGGAAAUCAUCCACGUUGAGUUUUCCGCGAGCGCUUUCCUUUAAUGUUAGCGGAUAAUUCUGUUCACUGUACAUCGUAGACAGCGGAAGAUCUUUAAAUAAUCAGAUUAGGUGUUUUCAGACGUUCGGGAAUAUCUCGCUCUUAACUCUAAUUGUUUGUAUAUGCUUACGGAGUCGUGUCUUAGUGAUCGGUCCGCUAAUGCCUGCCUCCUGGGUUUAUUACUUUUCACAGUGAUUUGUGAAAUUCCCAAGACAAUAUUUUGAAGUGAAGCUUUUGAGUAGAAGCUAAUGUUCCCCGACUUGCACUCGUCAUUGAAUAGUCAAACCCCCAAGAUUUUUCACUGUUACUUUCUAAUCUCUAUCAAACUCCAUGAUCUAUAACUCCAAAACUUAGUGUUGAAGUUAUGUUAAUUUUUGUACAGAAUUGUCUGUUUCGUCUUUUUAGGAAGUGAAAAUUUUCUCUCGGCACUGUCCCAAGUUUUGUGGUCUGUUUUUUUUUUCAAUCUUUUUUUUUAAUAUCGCUUUUUCGUAAAUGCUUAUCAAAGUAACCGUGACAAAGGUAUGCAAUAGUCCCGUUUUUAAAUUUUUUAUCAUGUGAUACACUUCAAACGAUAAUUUGGCGUGUUUGAAAGCUCGUUUUCCAUUACCGACUGCGAACGUUUUUCUCUUCAUCUCCUUCACAUCAAUUUCGGGCAGCGCGAGUUACAAGUCCUCGGAGAUGCUGACCCUUCGCGCCGUCAUCAAUUCUCUCGUCAUUUAUGAGCUGGCGUGGGCGUUCGACUCAGUGCUGCAAGGGCCGAGCCUGCUCAUGGAGCCGCCCUCGAAGCUGGAGUUCUCCAACUCGUCGGGGGCCUGGCUCGACUGCUCGGCCACCGGGAACCCGACCCCGAUGGUGGAGUGGACCACCGUCGACGGCGCUCCCGUCACCGACGUCCCGGGCGUCCGCCGCCUCCUCCACAACGGCACCCUCCACCUCCUCCCCUUCUCGGCGGCCGCCUUCAGGUCCGACAUCCACAGCACCGUCUACCGAUGCGCCGCCGCCAACACCGUCGGCAGGAUCAUCAGCAGGGACGUCCAAGUUCGCGCAGUGGUGGCGCAAGCGUACAAGAUAUCAGUGGAUGUCCUGGUGGCGAGUCGGGGCUGCACAGCUAUACUGCAGUGUUCCAUCCCCGGAUUCGUCAAGGAGUAUGUUCGCGUCGUAUCCUGGGUCCAAGAGCCGAAUCUUAACAUCUACGCCAGUCAUGAUGGAGAUGGCAAGUUUCACGUGCUCCCGACGGGGGAACUGCUGGUGCAUAACAUCGAAUACAGAGACCAGUUCACCGCCUAUCGAUGCCGCACCACCCAUCGUCUCACCGGACAAAUCGUUGUCAGCACCGCAGUCAACAUUCGAAUGAGUGAUGUCCGAGGAGUCGUAGCACCGGCCAUCGUUCAGCACACAGCGUCUGUUCAAGUAUCGCAAGAUGAGGGAGCCGUCCUUCUGUGCGUGGCGCAAGCCUGUCCGCAACCAGAAUACAGGUGGUUUCAGAUGGGGCCCGGCGGGGAGCCGCUGAUGCUGGAGCAACGGGUGCGCGUGAGGGUGGCCGGGCCGGUGCUGGCCAUCAAGGCCGUCACCAGCGAGGACGCCGGCCUCUACAAGUGUUCCGCCUCCAAUCCUGCCGGCGAGGCCCAGGCCGAACUCCGCCUCAACGUCCUGGCUCCACUCCACGUCCAGGUCGUUCCCGCCGUCCUCUCCGUGCACAUCGGUGGGAUUGCCGAGUUCAAAUGCGUCGUCUCGGGGAGCGGGUACUCAGGGCACCUGAUUGGCUGGUACAAGGACGGGCGGCCCAUCCUGAGCGGAUCCAGCGGGAGGGUGACCGGAGACAGUCUCGUCGUGAGCAGCGUCGGCCGUGAGGAUCGAGGCAUGUACCAGUGUCUAGUCCGACGGGCAGAAGGAGAAACCGCUCAAGCCUCCGCCGAACUUCAACUCGGAGAUGCAGCGCCAAUCCUGACUUACAACUUCAUCGAGCAAACUUUGCAGCCAGGACCGGCCGUGUCUUUAAAAUGCAGUGCCACCGGCAACCCGACGCCCCACAUCACGUGGCAUUUGGACGGAUUCCCGCUACCGCAGAGUAACAGGUUCGUGAUCGGGCAGUACGUAACUAUUCACGGAGACGUGAUCAGCCACGUGAACAUCAGCCAGGUAGCGGUAGACGACGGUGGCGAGUACAGCUGCACAGCCGAAAAUCGCGCCGGUAAAGCGCAGCAUGCAGCCCGUCUCAACAUUUACGGCCCUCCUUUUGUACGAUCAAUACCAAAAGUAACGGCAGUUGCUGGAGAAACUUUGAAAUUGAAAUGUCCUGUCGCUGGCUACCCGAUUGAUGAAAUUCACUGGGAAAAAAGUGGUCGAGAGUUGCCAGAAGAUCUGCGGCAAAAAAUUCUUCCUGGAGGGGUCCUCAUAGUCAGCAAUGUCCAAAAGAAUGUAGAUGCUGGGGUGUACACCUGCCGUGCUCGAAACAAGCAGGGCCAGAUGGGUCAAAGAAGUGGAGAAGUUGUCAUCAUUGUUCCUCCUCUUAUUGAGCCCUUCUCUAUCCCAUCGGACGGACUUGCGGAAGGAAUGCGAACAAGAAUUGUUUGCGGUGUGAGUCAUGGCGACCCUCCGAUUACGAUAUCGUGGCUCAAGGAUGGCUUACCCCUUCCAGCCCAGUUGGGCGUUAACGUUUCCACCCUUGAUUCUUUUUCCAGUUUACUUAGUAUCCCCCAUUUAUCCUCUGCUCAUUCGGGCGACUACACUUGCGUCGCCUCCAACCCAGCCUCUCAAGUCCGAUAUUCGGCUAAUCUUCAGGUGAAAGUUCCUCCAAAAUGGUCUGUAGAACCCAUGGAUGUAAGUGUUCUAAGGAAUCAACCAGCGUUGUUAAACUGCCAAGCACAAGGUGUACCGCAACCAAGCACCGUUUGGAAAAAAGCGACCGGCAGCAAAUCGGGGGAGUAUGAAAUCAUCAAAGAAAGGAUGUUUGUGAAACUUCUGAGUAAUGGCUCUUUGCUUUUGCAAAAUGUCAAAGAGGACCAAGAAGGCUACUAUUUGUGCCAAGCAACGAAUGGAAUUGGCUCACCCUUGGGGAAGGUCGUUCAUCUUAAAGUUAAUUCUCCACCAUACUUCACAGAAUCAUCACAGCAUAAAACAGUGAAGAAAACAGACAACGCUCUAUUAGAGUGUAAAGUUAAGGGUGACAAGCCAAUCAACGUAGUGUGGCAGAGAAGUGGGGAGCAAACAAAAAUGAACAGUCUUUCUGACUAUCGGGUAGUUGUACGACAAGAAGUAACUGAAGAUGGAGUCCUAGCAAGUUUGCACAUUAAAAAUGCUGAUGCAUCAGACACAGGACACUAUUACUGUCAAGCAAGCAACUUGUAUGGCAAAGAUCAACAGCUUGUGCAGUUACUCGUUCAAGAGCCGCCGAAAAGUCCGAGUAAUGUAAAAGCAGUCAUGGUCACAAGCCAAGCUGUGAAUUUACAGUGGGAGCAUUUGAGCGAAGAUGUUGGAGAAGUCACAGCGUUCAUCGUCCAGUACAAAAGAUCUGGAGAAAGUGGUUGGAAAAAGUUGGAGGUGAACUCGCAGCAGAGAGGAGCCUUGAUAGACGAUUUGAAGCCUGCAACCAAUUAUCUCCUGAGGGUUAUAUCCGAAGGUUCUGCAGGACAAAGCAGCCCAAGCAAUGAAAUAUUGAUCACAACUGAGUCUCAAAGACCUGCUGGACCACCGCUAGAGGUUUCUGUACGAGCUCUGUCCUCUACGGAACUACUUGUAACCUGGUCGCCUCCACAUCCAGACUAUAGGCAUGGAGAAAUCAUAGGAUAUAAUGUUGGCUUCAAGGAAUCAAAUUUCAGAAUUUCAAGAUCUAAUUAUGAUUUUAGUUCCGGGUCAUCAAGCUACAAUAUGACAGAAGUUCUCGGAGAUGGUGACAAAGGCACAGGGGAGCACGUUUUUACCGACUUAUCAAAAUACACCAGAUAUCUAGUGGUGGUCCAAGCUUACAAUUCAAUUGGACAAGGACCUCUCUCAGAACCAGUAAACGCUCUUACUUUGGAAGAUGCUCCCAGUGCUCCGCCUGAAGAUGUACGCUGUGCAGCUUUGAGUUCACAAUCCCUGCAAGUGAGUUGGCAGCCUCCCCCUUUAUCUCUCAGCAAUGGUCUCAUACAGGGCUACAAAAUUCUCUAUGACUCUCAAGACCCAGGAGCUGAUCAACUUGAAACAAGGAAAACAACGGCCUUAACUAUUGUGGUAUCUGGAUUAAGGAAAUUCACCAACUACACUAUUCAAGUUUUAGCGUUCACAAAAAUGGGCAGUGGUCCGUACUCGUACCCUCUUCCAUGCACUACUGAUGAAGAUGUUCCUGGGGCCCCAGAGGAUAUAAAAGUCGUUUUAAGCUCAGCUCAUUCUCUUCUUGUCUCCUGGCUUCCACCCAAAGAGCCAAAUGGAGUCAUCACGAAAUACAACUUUUACACUCGAGUCGUCAAUGGCAACAAGGAAGAGUUGAAUCAUGCAAAGCGGAACUUGCCGAGCCAGCAAACGCAUUUUGAAGCAAAAGGUCUACAGCAACACAUCGAGUAUCAGUUUUGGGUCACAGCCUCGACAAAAAUCGGAGAAGGCCAAAGCUCUCGAGUUGUAUCUCAAAUGCCCACGGCCAGAGUGCCAGCCCGGAUUUUCUCAUUUGGUCGAGUUGUUUUUCGAGCGUGGCGAACGUCCGUUACUCUGGCUUGUCAGAUGGUCGGGGUACCUCAGCCGCAUCGCACUUGGCUGGUCGGAGAUAGGCCUCUACAUUCCAACGGCCAUAAUAUUCAGAUCUUGGAUUCUGGAGAACUGUUCCUCACGAACCUCCAAAGGAAUAACUCUGACAACUACACGUGUCAAGUUGAGAAUGUUUCAGGCUCGGACAAGAUCACUCACACUCUUGUCAUUCAAGUAUUGCCUGCAGCUCCUGUAUUGUAUGUCACAAGUGCUACUAGCAGCAGUAUUCUUCUGCACUGGAAAGUCCCAGACAGAGGUGGUGCACCUUUAACAGGCUUUACCCUUACAUAUCGCAUGGCUACUGGUGAACCGCAAGACAUGCCUCUGUCAAGAAAAACCACCAGCUACGAAUUGAAGAAUUUACUGUGUGGGAAUGCCUAUCAGUUAACUUUAGUUGCUCACAACAAACUAGGAAGCUCAACAUCGAGUGCUGUGAUUUACGUACGAACUCAAGGACAACAUCCUGGUAUUCCUGAAUACUCCGAGUUCAUUUUUCCUAACUCAACUGCCGUCACACUCAAACUUCCCGCCUGGCCAGACAAUGGGUGUCAGAUCCAGCGUUUUACGAUCCGCUACCGCUCAGUUAACGACAUAGAGUGGGCCAGAGAGUUUCCUAACGUCAGAAUGAAAAUGAAGUUUGUGAUAUCUGGCCUGGUGCCGUCAAGUGAGUAUGUGUUGCAAGUAUACGCUGUCAAUCUUGCUGGCUCCUCUGUCGGAGAUUUCACUUUCUUCACCUUGAACAAGGAUGGAGAACCACUGCCUCAAGCAAUCCUCAAACAUGGUCAUCUCUCAGGGUCAUUCUACGCAGAUUUUAGAAUUUUAAUCUCUUUACUUGCCUCAGUUUUGGUUUUUCUCGCCAUUCUUAGUGUCUCCGUUUUCUUCUGGAGAAAUAAAAAAGGCCAACCCAUGAAAGAAUCUUUGGACAAUCAGCAAAACUCGCAAAUGCAGAGGGAGCGUUACUAUGCAACCAUCCAUAAAGUGGCCAUGCAAGAAAAGGUACCUGAAACGUCGGAUGACAUAUCACCUUAUGCGACAUUCCAGCUCACCACAGAGCCAAACAAUACGCUUCUUCAUAGUUUUAUGUACCAUGAACGGGGCAUGACAGAAGGCUGUGCCUCUCCUCCACCUCACGCUAUAGCCAAAAGUCGGAGAAUGAGGAGAGUGAGCUGUCGAAAAAAUGACGCCGAGUCAGAUGAUUCCGACUCGGAUGGUGAUCCAUUGACAUCAAGUCGUACAGAAUCUUCAAAUCAAUUAGAGACUGCUAAAGUUAAGCACACGUCUAAUUUUAUUUACCAUGGUGCACAGUCCAGUACAUCAUCAGACCUAUCUCCUAUGUCUGAGCAAAAAUCAUUACCUCGACAAGGCAGAUCAAGGUGGUUAGUUCCUAACAAAGGACUGCGGACAUCACUGUCGAUUGUCGAAACCUCAUUUCGAGGUGGUAUAGAACGACCAGAGCUAAGUGAGGCAGAAUGUGAUAUAGAUACACUUAAAAAAUUGAAAUUAGGUAUAAGGUCUAGUCUGUGGUCAAGACCAUCUAACAAUCAACAGCAUUCAGACUACUCCAUAGCUGUGUAGAGGUAAGAUUAAAUGUAUUUCGGGAAGUACCACUAGUUCUUUGAGAGUUACUACAUAGUUUCUAUGAGAUAAGAAUACAAGAUUUAAUCUCGUUGAAUUUUGGUGCACCAGCUUCUGGAGCGGGUCAAGCUGCUCUUUUAAACUAUUUGAUUCGGUGAAAAAUUGUCAUCAGGUAUAUUUUUAUAUUGCUACUUGUCACAAGUGAAGAGACUCGUCUUUCAUCAUCUUAAUUUGUAUUUGCUACACAUUUCUAGGACAAGCUGAACCAGCACAAUUUAAAAUAGAGUUGGUGGUUUCUUUUGGAGAAUUUUGUACCCCUACUUUCAAAAAUUUGAGAAUUGUGCAUUAAAAAUGUCUAGAAAAUUUGUUUUAAAUAUUAUCAGUUAAUUUUUUUUUAUUAAAUUGAAAAGCUCACAAAGUUUUAUAACUGAUAUUGCCAAUUCAAAAAAUGGAUAAAAAAAAACUCCUUAUUUUCAUCUGCAAAACAUAAUAUAUACUUACAUGUUCUGACGUUGUCAACAUUGUCAGCUUUACUUUUCUAUUUAAAAAAAAAAAUGUUUGUAAAAAAUACUAAUUUAAAAGAAAACGAGGAAUGUUUCAAUGAAUUGUUUGGGAAAGAACCCAUGAUCUCAUGACCUAAGGCAAUUCUUGCAAGGCAUUUCACUAAUCCUCUCAGUUGACUUCUUUUGAUGUGAGAGCUAUUUCAAUUUUCAAUUUACGUGAAUCAACCAGCACAUUUGAUGUUGGGUGUAGAUUGUUUUACUUUUUAAUCUGUACCUAUUUUUAUUUUGCCUUAUUUUUUAUGUUUUUAUAUUUUAUUGCGCUUUGUUGGUGGAAAUUUCCUGCUGCCUUGUUACUAAUGGAAUUUAAUUUUUAAUGAAAUUCAAAUUUCAACUAUGUAAAUUCCAACCAGAAUUUUACGUAAGAAAAAGUGUGAAACGAAUGAGUAAUGAGUGAAGUGAACUGUUAAGCCUAUGCUUUAUCGGUAUUGAUGUUGCAGCCUUUUAAGUUGUUCGGUUUAUUAAAAUUCUAGUCUGCUGAAAGAUAUUGAUAACCUGUAGGUAGAAGAAAGGUGGAAUAUUUUCAUGAACCAUUAUUUGUCUAAUGUUACUGUGCUGUGAUAUUUUCAUUCAUUUAUUUAUUUAGUUUUGCUCUCAUCUCAUUUGCCAAAUAAUAGUUACGAAAAUCUGAAUUGUGAGAAAAGUAUGUUAUUCAUCCCUCAGGAAAAUAUUUCAGGAUAAAUAAUCCUGUUUAAAUAUCUUGAGACUUCUCCAAUUGUGAACUUUUGAUUUUCAUCUUUUGGCACUGACUUUAUUGCGUGUAAAAUAAUACAUGACACUUGAUAUGUUUGACUGAUCAUCAUUUAGAAAUCAACUCAAUGUAUUAUUGUCCCUGAAUGAUUUCAAAGCCAUUUUUGUCAUCUCUCAAAGGACUGAACAGGAGAUACCUUGUUCUUUGACUUUUCAAUCCAUGUUUCUUGAGCUGCCAAUCAAAGAAGACUGAAAUUCAUUAGAUCAUUUGUGACAGUCUCUCAUUUUUUCAUUGCAAAUGUUAAUCUUUUCCAACUAGUAGAAGGGUCACUCAUAAGAAAAAAUGUGGGUACUUACACCAUGGAACACAAGACCAUCCAUUAGUUUGGAUCCCUUUAACUUAUGUGCACAUAUUUGAAUGACCUUGCUUUCCCUUGAAUUUUGGUCAAUUUUCUUAAGUUUCCUAGAAAUAUUGGCAUCACAGAGUUCUGAACUUAGGAUUUUCAACAAGAUAGAAUCGCCAGGUUUUUGAAAAAUUCAUCCUGAAAAGUUCUUCAAUUCUUUUCAACUGCAUAUGUGUUCACUUGCUUAAAAGCGUGUGACAAAUCAGAAGGAGGACUAGCCCAGCUGUAAUUGUUUUGUGUGCAUCCAACCCAGGAUGUAUUUCGUAGAUACUCAAUUUUUUCAUUGAUCACUUCCCUGGGUUAGACGUCAGGUACGAGUACCCCCUUUUUUUCUAGGUCACCCUAAUUUGAAGACAUCAGAGAGAGAUUAUGAGACAUCACAUUAGAAAUUGUCAAGAUCAGGCAAGCUCUCUUUUCCAAGGAAUCUUUAUUUUGUAAGUUGUGAAGUAAGUUGAAAAGAAAUUGAAUUUCAGAUUGUUUUUCUGUUGAGAAACUCUUGCUCAGUUUUGACAAUACCUUGUGCAACUUGUGCUCCUCUCUGUAAUCUUCAUUGCUAAUUGAUGGUUUAAUUGACCACUGAUCUGAAAAUUGCCGUGUAUAUAAUUGUUCUGUUUAAUUUUGACUUUUCUAAUUGUUUAAUUUUUCAUAAUAAAUCAAAUAAAUAUUUAUUAUAUUUAA